AUGUCUGCUACCGACUCAAUCGACCACAUCACCACCGAAGCCAAGGGAACCUCAUCGGCAGUGGACAUAGAGCAACAAGGCUCCCACCAUCUGGACGAGUCCAAGCCAGCGAAGUCUCUAGGCGCCGGAUCGGCUCUCGCCUUGGGCGCAUUCGGCACGACAUUGACGACGCUGUCGUUGAGCCUGAUGGAAUGGCGUGGAGUGACCACGACCAACGUCUUUGUUGCCAACUUCUUCUUUAUUGCGGCCUUUGGCCUGGUGGUAACGGCCCAGUGGGAACUCUCCAUCGGGAAUGGAUUUGCCUACACUGUGUUUAGUGCAUUUGGACUCUUCUAUGCAGGGUAUGGAGCCAUUCUGACUCCGGCUUUCGGAAUUGAGCAAGCAUAUGGCGGCGAUACUGUGCAGUACAACAAUGCGCUAGGGUUCUUCAUGAUUCUUUGGACGGUCUUCGUGUUUACCUUCCUCAUUGCUUCCCUACCCAGCAAUCUCGCCUAUAUUGUCGUGUUCUUCCUGGUGGACCUGGGGUUCUUGACCGUGGCUGCCAGCUACUUUGCCGAGGCGGACGGACACCAUGCGGCCUCAAUUGCGCUGAAGAAGACCGGAGGAGCGUCGUGCUUUGUGGCCGGGUUAGCCGGGUGGUAUAUUGUGUGUCAUUUACUGUUGCAAGACUCGAUUGUGGACUUGCCUUUGGGAGAUACGUCACGCUACUUUGACUGUCGCCUUUGCACCAAGCGGCGCAUCCGAUGCGACCGCACUCUCCCUCACUGUCACAAAUGCACCUCCCGCAAUCUCUCCUGUCCCGGCUUCGACGCCUUUCAGCUGAAAUGGACCCAGGCGAUUACCCAUAAGCCUAGUUCUUCCAUCAAAGACACCAGCACAACAGCGGAAAGGUUAUCAGAUGAGCUGGCGGUCGCAAUCCGCCCCGAGGCCGAUGCGAAGUCAUCGCAAGAUGCUCUCUGGCGCGCUCCGUCCCCAACCGGUGAUCAUAUUCUCGUACAACACCACUCGUCGACGGCCUUCUGCGACAAAAUGCUCCACUACUUUCACGUUAUCGUGGUUCCUCGUUUGACUUGGCUGGAUAGUGUGGAUAACCCGUGGAGGAAGGCCAUUCUUCCACUUACCUGUCGCUCCGCCUCUCUCCGACUGUCGCUCCUUAGCCUUGCAGCCGCUCACCUGUCAGUUACAUCCGCCCCUGGCAGCGUACAGGCACUUGUGGCACAGAGAGCCUACCCUGUUCUAAGAAACCGCACUCUCCAGGCUCUGAAUCAAGCCAUCACCCGCGAAGUCAGUCACCAUCCUCGGAAGGAUACCGUGGCCGGAGGCGGCGGGUGUUCCGCCCUCACAAUCAUCCUUGCCACGGCAGUCGCCCUCUGCUACGAAGAGAUGUUAAUCCCAGAGUCCACAAAUUGGAAUGUGCACCUGCAAGCGUGCCGUGCGAUGAUAGAAUGGAACCAGUUGCGAAACAGUGGCCGGCAGUCCAACGAUGCUUUGUCGAGAUUCGUUGUCAAAGAGGUGGAAGAUUUCGAGAUCUUCAAGAAUCUCGUGUCUUUCUCGACGCAGCAACCCAGAACCAAAUGCCCCCUGCAGUCAAGGCCCGAAGACCGUCUCUGGGCCUUUACGAUUCUGAUUAGUGAAAUUACCGCAGUCGAGCGUUCCAACUAUGAGCUCCAUGGCGAGGGGUACGGGCUUGACGAGCACGAGAUGGGCAUGUGGCGAGAAAGAGUGGAACAAGCUUACAGGCAGGUCUGUGUCACUGCGGCUUCUGCUUCGCGGCAUGAUGAGGCCACCCGCAUCCACUUCAAUGCUAUGGUGAAAGCUCAUUACUAUGCUAUUCUAAUUUAUGUUGAACAAGCCCUGGCGCCUCGCGGACAUGCAGAGUGGGCCAUCACUCUCCACCUGUCCAUCCUGUUCCAAGACCUUCAAGGCCUCGUGAAAGACACCUCGCAUGUGUUCUCGCAUGUACUGUUCUUCCCCCUAUUCAUUAUGGGUACCGAAUGUUGGGGCGAUGAGCACAGACAAAGCACAAUCCAGAGAGCCUUCGUGGAACUAAUCGCCGCGACGGGCGCAUGGUGUAACCACACUGUACUGCAGUUCUUACGGGCCCUCUGGGCUCGACCGGACUACUGGGGUAUGGGGCAAUGGAUCAGGUAUGCUCGGGAGAAUGAGAGCGAGAUCGGCCCGUUCAUGCUUUUCUGA